UUACAGAAGCGGCGUUCAGUUGAGCGUGGGGGGCGUGGUGUAUCGUGGGGGAAAAAAAUUGUUUGCAAAUCAGUUCCAGCGUUGGUAAAACAAGAACGAGCAUAACAGCGAGACUUUUCUUCAUAUUUACGCACAACGACAUCCGCUAGCAAUGUCUGGAGGGAGGAUGCCCAACUGUCCUGCCUCUGCGUCCCAGGGCUUUAGCUCGACCCCUGUCAAAACAAGUCAGGGAAAGGACUUGCACAUAUCCAAGGGCUUGGACGACGGCAUCCUAUCCGACGACGAAGACACGUUCUCUCUGCUUUCUCCCAUCUAUCAUGACAGUUUUGACAGCGAUGAAGACCUGGAGCCCAGCCCAGCUCAGCAGACUUCACCCUGGCAGAGAGACAACUCAAGUCACGGUGUUUCACCAGUCAGAUGUGAGCUACCAAGAACACCGUCAGUGCAGAUGUUGCAUGCAGCUACGGAGCCUGCAGGCUCACCUACUCUCAGUGCAUGGGAAAUGUGGCUGGUGAACAAAGCCAAGGAAGACCGUUUAAAAUUGGAGAAACAAGCAGAGGAGGAGUGGUUAUGGAAGGAAAAAAAAGAACAACAAGAAAGGGAGCGGGAACAGAAAAAGAUUGUCAUGGAAGAAAAGAUCCAAGAAUGGCUCAGGAUUAAAAAACAACAGGAGAAGCACGAGCAACUUGUAAAACUGAGCAAAGAGGAGGAGGAGAUACAGAGACAGCGGGAGAAACAGACGGAGAUUGAACAGAAAGCUCAACAAAAGUAUAAAGACUGGCUGCAAAAGAAGAACCAAGAAAAAAUAGAAAUGGAAAAGAAGGAAAAGGAGAAAGCUGUCCUGAAGGAGGAGCAGGAGAAAGAGCGCCACAAGAGGGCAGAGGAGAAAUUUAAAGAGUGGCUGGCAAAAGCCAAUGAAAAAAGCAGAGCGAGUCCAAAAUCACCUUGCUACCCAACAAGUCCCUAUGACAAGUCCUACCCAUCACCCAGCUUCUGCAAUCCAAUACCCUGGAAGCCUAUUCACGUCCCUCCUCCAGAAACCUCACUGAAUAAGACACCUGGCAAGAAAACAACGAAAAUUUCAACAAACCAACAACGGAAAUGUCAACAAAGCCCCAGCACCGCUUUUAGACUGAGAAACUCUGCGAGGGCAGCACAGUUGCUGCAGAAGAGAUGACAAAGCAGACCGACAUCUAUGACUGAUUUGGUAGCUUAGUUACGGCUCAAAUAUGAUUUCAUCACCGCUCAUCCACUCCACCACAUGUCCUAAACUGACACUGCCAAACCACAGAAUCAUUUCUGUUCUAAUUCUCUGUCUACAUUUUGGUUUGUUAUAUGUAGUACACUGGAGUGAUUUAGUAAUAAUGCAGUAGCUCAAAUUACCUUUGUACCUAAGGAUGUCUGAAUGUUUGGGAUUUUUACAAGAUUUUACAAAGAUAUUUAUCAUUUGUUAUAGACAUUUAAGAGCCUUGCGUUUAUUUCGUUUUAUCCUGUAAAUUUGCUUAUUAGAUAAAAGAGGCAUUAUCAUAGUUCUUUUC